AUCCUCCGGUUUUUUUUUUUCUGGUGGGGGAGGGGCCACGUCUCGGCGAGUCACGGUGAUGGCGGCCACCAUCCUGUGGUGAGGUAGCGGGUUCUCUGCGUCUCUCGGGGAGUCCCUCGCGCCUCCUGCGGGGCCCAGUGGCUGGCGCGUGAGGAAGCACCGCGGGUCGAGCUUGCGGGGAAAGCCGCGGGAAGCGAGCGGCGGCGCGGCAGGGGGACCGCGGGGCCCGGGGUGAGUGCGACUCCGGGCGAAUGUGACAAGCCCCCACCCCCACCGCCUUCCUCCCGAGAGCGCGAGGAUCGCGGCCACCCCGGGGCGGCCAGGCCCCGGCUUAGGCACCAUGCAGGUCACCCUGAAGACCCUUCAGCAGCAGACCUUCAAGAUCGACAUCGACCCGGAGGAGACGGUAAAGGCAUUGAAAGAGAAGAUUGAAUCUGAAAAGGGGAAAGAUGCCUUCCCGGUAGCAGGUCAAAAGUUAAUUUAUGCAGGCAAAAUCCUCAGUGAUGAUACUGCUCUCAAGGAAUAUAAAAUUGAUGAGAAAAACUUUGUGGUGGUUAUGGUGACAAAACCCAAAGCAGUGACAACAGCAGUGCCAGCUACAACCCAGCAAUCAAGUACUCCCAGCACCACCACAGUCAGCUCCUCCCCAGCAGCACCUGCGGCCCAGGCUCCAACUCCCACCCCUGCUCUGGCUCCCACUUCCACACCUGCCUCCACUACUCCAGCCUCAAGUACAGCAUCUUCUGAAUCCUCACCUGCUGGUGCAACUCAGCCUGAGAAACCAGCAGAAAAGCCAGCACAGACACCAGUGCUUACUAGCCCAGCUCCAGCUGACAGUACACCUGGAGAUUCUUCCCGGUCAAAUCUUUUUGAAGAUGCAACAAGUGCCCUUGUGACGGGUCAGUCUUACGAGAAUAUGGUAACUGAGAUUAUGUCAAUGGGCUAUGAACGAGAACAAGUAAUUGCAGCCCUGAGAGCCAGUUUCAACAACCCUGACAGAGCUGUGGAAUAUCUUCUAAUGGGAAUCCCUGGAGAUAGAGAGAGUCAGGCUGUGGUUGACCCUCCUCCCCAGGCUGUGAGCACUGGAACUCCUCAGUCUCCAGCAGUAGCUGCAGCUGCAGCAACCACGACAGCAACGACAACAACCACUUCUGGAGGCCACCCCCUUGAAUUUUUACGGAAUCAGCCUCAGUUUCAACAGAUGAGACAAAUUAUCCAGCAGAAUCCUUCCUUGCUUCCAGCUUUGCUACAGCAGAUAGGUCGGGAGAACCCUCAGUUGCUACAGCAAAUUAGCCAACACCAGGAGCAUUUUAUUCAGAUGCUAAAUGAACCAGUUCAAGAAGCAGGUGGUCAAGGAGGAGGAGGAGGUGGCGGAGGCGGUGGUGGAGGUGGUGGAGGAAUUGCAGAGGCUGGAAGUGGGCACAUGAACUACAUUCAAGUAACACCUCAGGAGAAAGAAGCUAUAGAACGGUUAAAGGCAUUAGGAUUUCCUGAAGGACUUGUGAUUCAAGCAUAUUUUGCUUGUGAGAAGAAUGAGAAUCUGGCUGCCAACUUUCUUCUACAGCAGAACUUUGAUGAAGACUGAAGGGACUCUUUUGUACCUCACACUCACACCAGUGCAUUACACUAACCUUGUUCACUGGAUUGUCUGGGGUGACUUGGGCUCAUAUCCACAAUAUUUGGUAUACGGUAGUAGGUUGGUGGGGGUGGGGGUGGGGAGCUAGGAUAUAGGGCAGGGAUACAUACAGUGCAUGUCUGCUUCAAUAGCAGAUGCUGCAGAUUCACACAGUGUAAAAUACUAUACAACCAAACAUCCGCCUUUACAGGUCUUUAUUCUUCUAAGCAGUAGGUAACUUUUCCUGGGUUUCAUUCUUUCUAGUGUACUAGAUUCAGAAAUUUAGUGUGAUGCCCUGCUUUCUCUUUCCUUUGACUUAACAUUGGUUUCUGAAAGAAUCUUUGCUACCUAGAACCUACAGUCUGUUUUAUGGCAACACUGGAUAAUGGCUUUUUGAAAUUGAGAGGGAAAAAAUUGGAGCAUCUGUAAACAGAAAUGCCAAAUUAUUGAUAGUCAUUGUUGCUGCUUCAUAUAAGUAUGAAAUUGAUACGGAAGGAAGCCCAUUCUUCAUGUUCAGUGCUUGGGGUGGGGAAGUAGAAAGGGGACUUUUUCUUAAAAUGAAAAUAAUUACUGCUAUUUUAAAAUUUCUUGAUUAUUGAAUGUGAGACCCUCUAACAUGAUUUGAGAAGCUGUACACGUAUAGGCAGAGUUAUUUUCCUGUUUACAUUUUUUGUUUGUUUGGGGGAAAUUGGUAGGUGUCUAAUUACUGUUUACUUCAUUGUUGUAUUGCAGUAAAAGAUUUAAAACAACCAUUGCAUGUUUGCUUUUGAUGUAUCCCUUUGUGAAAUUAGUACUUCUGGGGCCAAUGAAGAAACUUUGCAACAUUCACUCCCCUUCCCCCUCCCCUUAGUAGAAACAUGUUUGAUCAGCAAGUCGUGAGUCAAACUGCUGCCUUUUAAAAAAAACCACAAAAAGCUGAUUCAGUUCAAAAUUAAUGCAAAUCUUUCGAAACUGGGUUUCUGAUACUUGUGGAUGUUUUUCUUUAUUAGAUAAGAAUGUAUUACCAUUAAAUCCAUUAGUAUUACAUUGCUUUCAAAGAGAAGGUGGGUGGAACUAUAAUCCAGCAUCUUUUACUGCAUUUAAAGAUGGGAGUAAACUUUUGUAUGGUUGGGAGAUGUGGCUGGAAAGUACUUUGGAAAAUAUACAAUCAAGAUAUUUCGUCUCAUAUUAAAAGAAAAAUCUCAAUCACAGUGUUGGCUUUUAUUUGGAUUUUGCUCAUCUCGGUUUUUCUUUGGAAACUCGCUCAUUGGUGUUGCUAUUUGAUUGUAAAGAGGGGCCUGGUAUCAGCUUGUUGAAUUUGUCAAGUCUUUUCCUGAACAUAAAUGAGAAAGAGAAUAUUGAAGGAAGUAAUGUUUCCCACCGUCUGAUACUGUGUAAGAAGAUGGCUCUGCAGAUCCCCUGCGCAGUCUCUUGCAGUGUGCUCAUGGCCACUUGGUGAUAACUCUGAAGCUUUCUCGUCAUGUGCUUAUAACCUGUUCCAUGAAAAUAAAUGAAACUAUGAUUUUCCUUCAUACUGUA